UAUUUACGGUGGCAGAGGAGCGCGUGAAGGAGCCUUUGGUUAUGGUUUUGGAUUAUUAUAUAUUUUUCACGUAAUCACCAAUAAGGACUUGAACUGUUCUCUGCUGGGGAAUAAAACUUCGCAGUAUUUAUUCGACCACCGUAGAAGGAAUGUGUGUUUCCUCUGUCAGCUCUCAGUUUCCACGGAAGAUCUGGCGAGUGUUAAACUGGAUGUAAUUCGAAAAUGCAGGGCAAAGUUUCUUGCCUUUAGCCAAUGCAUUUUGGAUCCACACUGGAGCGUUGUGCCAGCGCACGUAACGGAAUCCAAAACCUCUCUGUCAUCCAUGCAACAAUAACGACCAGAUUUGCGCUAGAACCAAGCGACAAGCAAAGUGGAUUUGAAAGCAAUUUUUCGUAAAUGGAUCGCCAUUCCAGUUUCAUUUCCAUUUGGCUUCAACUGGAACUUUGUGCGAUGGCUGUUCUUCUAACAAAAGGAGAAAUAAGGUGUUACUGCGACGCGCCUCACUGCGUGGCUACCGGCUACAUGUGCAAAUCGGAACUCAACGCCUGCUUCACGAAAGUGUUGGACCCUCAGAACACGAACUCUCCGCUCACUCAUGGGUGUUUCGACCCCAUCAUGAACUCGGGUCAUGUGUGCAUUUCCAAGGCCACGGAUGAUACGCGCGUGGGCGCGUCCACGUUGGAGUGCUGUCAUGACGAUAUGUGUAAUUACAGAGGCCUGUAUGAUCUGGCCCAUGCCAGAGGAGACGCCUCAGAUCACGGGGGUCACUACCAGCCCGAGGGCGGCCGGAACCUGGGCACACGGGUGCAGGAGCUGGCCUCCACCAAGGAGGUGUGGUUCCGGGCAGCGGUGAUCGCGGUGCCCAUCGCCGGCGGGCUGAUCCUGGUGCUGCUGAUCAUGCUGGCCCUGCGCAUGCUGCGUAGCGAGAACAGGCGUCUGCGGGACCAGCGGCAGCAGAUGCUCUCCCGGCUGCACUACAGCUUCCACGGCCACCACGCCAAGAAGGGCCACCUGGCCAAGCUGGACCUGGAGUGCAUGGUGCCCGUGACGGGCCACGAGAACUGCUGCCUGACCUGCGACAAGAUGCGGCAGGCCGACCUGGGCGCCAACGACAAGAUCCUCUCGCUGGUGCACUGGGGGAUGUACAGGGGCCACGGGAAGCUGGAGUUUGUGUGACCCGCUUUUUAUUUUUUUUUCCUCGGGACAGAACCAGGACUUCCUUCCAUCCGCUGUUGUCGUUUUGGUUGUUUUUGUUGUUGUUGUUUCCCGUUGAGUUCAGUUUUUUUUAAAGAUAAAACUUAAAAACCUUAAUGCAAUCCGCAUGGUUUUGCUAAGGAGCACUUUACUUGAAAUAAAAGCAGAAUCAACUCGGAGCUGUAGUAAGACUAUAGAGUUCGGGGG